GCGUACGUCCCGGAAAGUUUUGGUACCUGUCAUUUUGCUGCCUGGUGCCAUUUGGGAGAGCCGGGGGCUAAUUCCCGCGAGCUUCCUGUCCUAGCACCGGCUACCGACAGUGCUUCUGCCCCCAGCUGCUCGGAGAAGAUGACAGAGGAGCUGGAUUUCAUAGGACAGGACUCUGAUGGGGAUAGUGAGGAAGUGGUGCUCACGCCUGCAGAGCUCAUUGAAAAGCUGGAACAGGCCUGGCUGAAUGAAAAGUUUGCCCCUGAGCUGCUGGAAAGCAAGUCUGAAAUUGUAGAGUGUGUCAUGGAACAACUGGAUCACAUGGAAGAAAAUCUCAGGAGAGCCAAGAAGGGGGAUCUGAAAGUCAGUAUCCACCAAAUGGAGAUGGAGAGGAUUCGCUACGUCCUCAGCAGCUACUUGCGGUGUCGGCUCAUGAAGAUAGAGAAGUUUUUCCCUCACAUCCUUGAAAAGGAGAAAACACGCCCCGAGGGAGAACCUGCUAGCCUUUCUCCAGAAGAGUUUGCCUUUGCCAAAGAGUACAUGGCUAACACAGAGACCUACCUAAAGAAUGUUGCCUUGAAGCACAUGCCUCCUAACUUACAGAAGGUGGACCUCUUAAGGUCAGUUCCCAAACCAGAUCUAGAUUCAUAUGUGUUUCUGAGAGUGAAAGAACGACAAGAAAACAUAUUGGUAGAGCCAGAAACAGAUGAGCAGAGGGACUAUGUGAUCGACUUGGAGGAGGGCUCACAGCACCUGAUCCGAUAUAAAACCAUUGCACCUCUGGUUGCUUCUGGAGCAGUACAGCUAAUUUAAAACCAAAAAUAUGGAAACAAGAAUGAAGAUGUGAGAAACCCACUUUGUGCCUAAGGACAACAGACUUUCGUCAGCGGUGAUGUGGAUCAUUUGGGUAUUGAGAAGUAGCUAAAAGCAGCUUCUCUGAUUUACCACUUAUCUUCCUAACUUUGUGCCAUUUUAGCCAGCAUCAGUAGAGGGGGCCAUCGCUCUGCUGAUCCUUAGAAUUGAGCAAAUACAUGGAGACUUUCGCUUUGUGCACCUUUCCUCUCUAUAGUAUUAUUUGAGCUCAAGAAUGCAAGGCAAAGGUUGUUCAUAAGAAGGCAUCACUGCCUGUAAUUGGAAAACUACAGUUAGCUCUGACCUUGUAGUAGCAGAAUUCAUUUAAUCUUCUAGAUAGAAAGAUUAGAAAUAGAUGAAAGAAAUAGCUCUAGUCUUUCUUCUCUGUUAUGUCACUAGAUUAUGUGAACUAACCUAUUGAACUUAGAACCAAUUUCUGUCAUGUAUGACUGAGAAUAACACCUCAACUAA